UGUCCCUCGGACACAGUGGAUCACCGAUCCAUGGAUAGAGCCAGAGAUGUCGGCUCGGUCAUGUGAUCAGUGGUGCCCAAUCACAGCUGAUCACAUCAGCGCCACCUGUCAGUGUUCAUCAGUAUCACAUUUCAGUGCCACAUCAAUGCCACAUAUCAGUGCCCAUCUGAGCUGCCUUUCAGUGUCACCCAUCAGUGCCAGUCAGUGCCACCUAUCAGUGGCGCCUAUCAGUGCCAGUCAGUGCUGCCUAUCAGUGUGCAUCAGUGCUGCCUAUCAGUGCCCGUCAGUGCUGCCUGUCAGUGCCGCCUAUCAGUGCCAUAUAUGAGUGCUGCCUUUCAGUGCCCAUCAGUGAUGCCUGUCAAUGCCCAUCAGUGCCACCUACCAGUGC